AUGGAUUCAACAAUAAAUAUUAAUACAAACGGUGAUAUUUCUCCUUCAAAUUCAUCUAUUCUCGAUCUUAGUCAGCGAACAACAAUGAUAAAUACUAAUAAUUCAAAUGUUAUUAUUGAAGACUGGACAAAUAAUUCUUUAUGUAUUUACACAGACUCAAUUAAUAAUGAUAUUAUUCAAACAGUUGAAAACAAAACAAAUUUCAAUAUUGAGCAAUCAUUAACUGAUCAAUAUAAAAAUAUUCCAAUAAAAGAAGAUUCAAUGUCAGAUAGUUCCAAUAUAAAUAAAUCAAAACUUGAUACUUACGAUUCUAAUAAAAAAGACAAUUCGCCAAAAUCUCGAAUAACAAUUCAUGAACUUCAACCAUGUUUUAAUUGUUCUCCUUUAUCAUUAUCAGAUUUUCUUUGGUCAAAAUAUUUCUCAAUCAUUAAUGAACGAUCAGUUUCCGAUGAAUUUUUCGAUCAUUAUUUAACGUCCAUUAAUACAGCUUUUGAAAUUGAUAUGAAACUUGAAUAUUGCUAUGAUACACAACGGGAUCUAUAUUGGUUAACACAAAUACAAUUAGUUUCUCAUAGUUUAGUUCUUUUACAUUAUGUUGGAAUACCAGAAGAUGAUACAUCUAAAGAUUUUUGGGCGUAUAUUUAUGGACAACGUUGCCACCCUAUUGGUUGGUGUAAAGAAAAUAGUAAAUUAAUGUUACCACCGCCUAUUGUUACGCAAAGAGCUGUUCAACCAACAACUAAUAAUAAUACGAUUCUUAGUGGAAGUGAUAAACAAAUAACAAUUGAUCAAGGCGAAAAUGAAGAAUUACAAACUCCAGCUGCUUAUUUAUUUGAUAGAAAUAUUGGCCUGAACCCUGUUGAACAAAUAAAAUGUGGUAUGCUACUUGAAAUUCAAGAUAUAAAUUGUCCAUGGACUUUAUGGUUUGUUCGAGUAAUAAAUAAUCGAGGUGGUCGAUUACAUUUAAGAUAUGUUACUAGUGUAAAUGAAGAAGACUCUGAUAAUCUUUCGUCUGAUAUUCAUAUAUUUUAUCUCGAUUGGCGUGUUCAUUCUACUGGUUGGACUUCGAAUAAUUCAUCCAUUUAUUUUUAUCAUAUUCCAACAUGUUUUAAAUUAUCAUCUAUUGAUAAACAAAAAGUAAUUGAUAUGUGUUUAACUGAAUCAAAAACACAAUUUAUUCCACCAAACUUAUUUAAAGAUCAAGAAGAAAUUCGUAAACAUCGAUAUACAGAAGGCAUGAAAUUAGAAGUAUACGAUAGUAAAACACAAAAUAUUUAUGUUGGUAAAGUCGGUCACAUACAUAAUGAAUAUUAUUUUGAUAUAGUUAUUGAUAAUGAAAAUCAAUAUUCAUUUGUUGCACAUGCAACUCAUCCAUAUAUAUUACCAGCACAUUGGGCUGCUGAACAUAGAUUUGCAUUAAUGAAAGGCAAAGGUAUUCGUCAGUCAGAAGAUUUUUGGAACUUAUAUACAGAAAAAAAUCAUGUAGAUGAUUUAGCACCUGAACGUCUUUUUAAUUUAAUAACAUUGAAUUCUAAUGGAAAUAAUCGUGUUGAACCAGGAAUGAAAAUGGAAAUGAUUUAUACUUUAAAUAAUAAUGAUUAUGUAUUUUCUGUAACACUUAUUCAUGUUGUUGAUCAUCUUAUGUGGUUAAGAAUUGAUAAUACAAGUUUAUUUAAUGGUCACGACGAUGAUUAUCUGUUUUAUCAUGUUUUACCAAUUAAUUCUUUAGAUGUUUUUCCUGUUGGAUGGGCAAAGUUUAAUGGGUUUAAUUUAUUAACACCAAUUGAAUAUAAAGUUAAAAUAAAUACUUAUGAACAAAAUCGAUACGAUUUAUUCUCAUCAGUAACACAUCAUCCAAAAAUUCCUCGAAUAUAUUUAAAUGAAAUAUAUCAAUUAACAUUAUACAUAAAUAUUCGAUGUUUCUCUGGUCCUCACUUUUGCUCAUCCCGUCUUUCGCGUAUUCCAUCUCAAUUCGGCCCUGGACCUUACCGUAAUGUUCUGAUCGAUUUGUUUCAUCAUCUCUUAUCAGCAUCAUCAACAUCAACAAAUACUCUUCGAGUUUUACGGCGACUUGAACAUUCAUCUAAUAGUGAAUCGUCAUCAAAUUUUAAAACUGAAUAUAUAAAAGCAGCCAAAAAAUCUUCAAAACUAAUUCGUCCUAUAUCAUUGCCAACAAAUCCUUAUUUAAUUUAUCAAUAUAUUCGUCAUAUAUGUACACAAUUAGAAACCUGUCCAAAUUUAAUUAGUAUGAAACAAAUCGAUAGUAACUGUCCGGAUAAAUGUUAUAUACUAAUAAAUACUUUCGCUCUUUCAAUUCAUUCUAAACAUAAACGAACUCAACUUCGUGCUGGCCAAAAUCGACAACGUAAACAAAAAUCUUUAUUAUGUCAUUUGAAGCCAAAUCCAAUAAUUCCAACCGUUCCUACAAAUGUUCUUGUUAAUGAGUCAUCAUCAAUAGAUCAAUCAAAAGAAAUCUUGUCUAAUGAUAAUUCUUCAGUGAUAACACCAAUACCUGGUAGUGAUCGUAAAACACGUGGUUUUCGUCUUCAUAUUGAGCCAAGAACACAUACUGUUACACGAACAAAUAAAAAACAGAAGCUAACAUCAACAGUAACAAUUAAACAAGAACCUAUGGAUAAUAAUAAUAUUAAAAUUGAACUUUCGCCAUCCAUAGCAAUUCCGAUUAAAGAAUUAAAACGAACUCGUUUAGGAAAGAAUAAACGUUCUCCAUCACCAUCAGUAACAAUGAACAUUCUUUCGAAUUCUUGUUCAUCAUCAAAUAAAAAUAAAAAGAAUCGACGUUCUCCAGAGAUGAUUAUCGAUUCUGUUUCUUCUUGUUCCAAUAUAACUAUUCCAAAAGUUGAAAUUCAACAAUCAACAUUUGCAAUUUCACCAAUUGAUACACGAAAUCCAGUUACAUGGAACGUUAAUGAUGUUUGUUCAUAUUUAAAUCAAUCUGGUUGUUCGUUUGCACUAAAAACAAUUAAAGAACAAGAAAUUGAUGGUGCUGCACUUCUUCUUCUUGAUGAUUUACCUAAAGUGCAAGAUUUACUUGAAUUUAAAUUGGGUCCGGCUGUUAAAUUUUGCGAUGUUGUUGAAAAACUUCGUACACAAGUCAUUGAUACAUUUCAUUCGUCACCAUCUCUAAAAACUUCAUGUUUAUCAGCAACGAACACAUCUUGA